UCUAAAUCUCAAAAAAAUACAAAGACUAUUUAUCAAAAAAUAAUGUCAGAUCUAUUGGAAGAAGAUAAUAAGAAAUUUGAAAUGGAUGAAGAAAUAAUGUUAAAAGAUUUUAAAACAAAUUCAAAUACUAUUGAUUGGACGAUAUUAGGAACAGAAAUAUCAAUAGAAAAAGAGGAGAUAUUUCAGGUAUAAAUAGAGCAUAUGGGAAAUUGUUGCUCUGCUUUUUUUUUCUGGAGAAAAAGUUUUUUAUGGAUGUAGAAGGUUGAAAGAAUGAAACGAAUUCUCUUUAUUUUAAAAAAUGGAUCUGUAAAGGAAAAUAUAAAUAUUAUUGAGUCGGAUAUUAUUAAAAUUGUUGAAAAGUUGUGUAUAAUUAUACGCCCUAUAAAUGAAAUGAGGCAGUUUGAUGCUUUAGAAACCGUUUCUAAGGAUAUUCAACAAGCUUAUUAUACAUUAGUUGGAAUUUGUCUACAAUGCAUAGAUAUUUUGAUUACUCUCUUUAUUUUUUUGAUGGAGAAUUCAAAGAUCAAUAGUAAAAUAAUUCAAGCAUUGGCAAUAUAUCAAAUAAAAUCAGAUCCAUGGACAUCUAUAGAGAAUUAUUCACUUUCCUCCAAGAUUUUAGAAGAUAUAAUGAAAAGAAUAUCAUUAGAAGAAAUUUUGGUUCAUAUUUUAAUGAAUGAUAUUCGUCCAUAUUUCUCAUCUCAAUCAAAUAGACUCAAUUAUGAUAAAAAUAUGCAGAUCAAAACAAAAAAACCUCUUCGUAGACCAUAUGAAAAUAUUUCUGGACUUUCAGGUGUAUUUAGAGCAGAACUAUGGAAAACAGAAGGAAUAGAAUGUACAUCUAUUCUUGAAUGGAUAAUUUUUGUAUGCCAGAAAGAUACAGCAAUGAAUUAUAUUUAUCUUAUUAUUUCUUUUUUAGUAACACUUUUUGAAGAUGCUGAUCCAAAUUUUAAACUCAAAGGUUCUCGCUGUUUAUACCAUUUAUUAUCAAAAUGUGAUGCUGCUUUCAUAAAAAAAACAGGAAUGGGUGAUCUUUUUUGGGAAUUGGUCAUUCAAUGUCUUUCAUACCAUCCUCCUUCAAUUGAUAUUUCUAUUUCUAUUCCUUUAUUAAGAACAUCAUUCAACAAUUUAAUAACACUUGCAUCUUUGAUGCAUCUUGAUCACAAAGAUAAAAGGGUAAAAUUGUAUGAUGAAAUUGUAUAUAAUGGUAUCUUCAAUGGCAUGCUUUAUUCAGGUGAACAAUCAGAUAUGGUUAUACUUCUUAUGGAAUACAUAGAAAAACUUGUUAAUAUAAUGGGAAUUUAUGCUGUUAAACAUAUAGAGAUGUUAAUCUCUCUUGUUUCAUCUGUUUUAGAAAAAUCUUUUCAAACAAAUCAUCCACAACGUUUUCUUGAGGCUGCUAAAGCAUUGAAAGCAAUUAUACAUAUCUGCUGGCCAAGAAUAGAAUAUCAUCAUGCUACAAUACUACAAGGAAUUUGUUUUUGUUGGUUAAAUAUACAUUCACAAAAAGGUAAAAUUAUAGACGAUCUGAAAAAGCAAUUGCAUCUUUGCAUGAAAUCACUCAAAAAAUUAAUGGGAAAUAAAUUGGAUAACGACAUCAAAGCUCUAAUGGAUGUAGAUUCUAAUCUGGCUUUAUUCUUCAAAGAUAUAUAAUAAAAAUACAAAUUAUUUCAAAGCUGAUAUAUAUAAUUACAUCA